AUGCCGCUUGCGCCGCUCGUCAAGGCCCAUCCGGAGCCUGCGAGGUGGAGGGAACAGUAUGCUGUGAUUGAGGAAAUGAGGAGGGGGUUGAAUGCGCCGGUGGAUACUAUUAUCGAACGCGCCCUCCCUGCCCAGACACGCCGCUUCCACGUCCUCAUCUCCCUCAUGCUCUCCUCGCAGACCAAAGACGCCGUCACCUCUGCGGCCGUCACCAAUCUACACCUGACCCUUCCCGGCGGGCUCACAUGCACGUCCUUGGCCGCAGCGGACCGAGGGGUGGUGGAGGGGUGUAUUGCCAAAGUAGGGUUUUGGAGGAGGAAGGCAGAGUAUAUACAGGAGGCGGCAAGAAGGAUUGAGAUGGGCGAGAUUGGGGAUGAUGGGUCCUUCAUAGGGGAAGAGGGAGAAGGUUCGAUGGUGGGCACGGGGAAAGGGGAGAUACCGCGCACGAUUGAGGGGCUUUGUGCGCUGAAGGGAGUAGGGCCAAAGAUGGCUUAUCUGGCCUUGCAGUGCGCUUGGGAUAUUAACGCCGGUAUUGGCGUCGACGUGCACGUCCACCGAAUCACCAACCGGCUGAAAUGGCAUCGCCCACCGACGGUCACGCCGGAACAGACGAGGGUCAAUCUGGAGUCUUGGCUACCUAGGGAACUGCACAAGGGGAUCAAUCCGAUGCUGGUUGGUUUCGGGCAGAUGAUCUGCCAGCCCGUCGGCCCCCGAUGCGAUAUCUGCCUCCUGGGUAUCCGAAAACUCUGCCCUUCUCGCGUCAGCGGCGUCAAGGCGGAAGGCCGGAAACCCGUCUUGUUCAGCUACAAGCUGGACGGAGAGGGGGAUAUGGAGGAUAUGAUCAAGCCUGACCUGGGACCUGGACCUGAGGUACAGGGUACCGACGGUGGACAAGGUGUGGUACCCGUGCUAGAUGGGCGAGACGGAGUAGGUGCGGAAGGGGACGGGAUGGAGCGGCUGGUGAGGAUGAAGAGUGAAGAGCUGGACGGAUCAGAGUUGUUCCUGGGACGCAAAGGAGGGGUGAAGCUGGAGGAUAGCUGA